CUCUGAAGCGUUACGGUUGGUCGCGAGUCUGAAACCGGAGCCAGAGGCAAUCUCUAGCCAUCGCAUCCAGAGCUCUCUCUCUCCUUCUGUGAGACGCGUCGUGGCGGAGUCUUGGACUUUCCAAGAACUGUUUACAUUGUUUGGAAACUAAUUAAAAUUCUCAGGCGCCAUGUGCCAAAGCAAACCAAAAUAAUAAAGUUUAUGCGGAAAUAUAUAUUGGACAAUCGCUGAGGAAAAUCGAAAUAAAAGUUUCUUCGCGGGAGUACGAGUUAAAUCAACGCCCGAAGGCCGUAAAGGAAAUUUUAACCAAACAAAAUGCUGAAAAUCUGCAUUUUUACAUUGGUAAUUGCGGCAGCUGCCGCAGCAGCUGUAACAACAACAAUAGCAACAGAUACAACUACAACAGCUCCAACCCCUACAACAACAACAACAACAGUGGCUGCAACAACAACGGAAACUCCGAAAACAACAUCAUCAACCAUAAAAAAUGACUUGGGUGGAAGUGACGGCCCUCUGGGAGCAGGCGAAGGCAACCGAACGUUGUUGAACAUUUUCAAGGAUGUGCCUGAGGAGCGGGAGGCGGCCGCAGUGGGUGGUUCAACCUCAACGGCCACGCCCACCACAACAGCCACCACCAGCACAACAACAACACAGGCAACAACAAUCACCGCAAGAACUGCAAAAGCUGCACCAACGACACCAACACCAACAGCAACAACAACGGAAAAUGAGGCAGCAUCGGGUGGCGGCAUGCUAAUGACAACAGCAAUGCCCCCAGCGAAUUUGGGUGAGAUGAGCAGCAUUAAGGAUGCUCUGCAUCGCAUCAAAUUAAGCGAGAUUCCAUCAUCAUCCACAACGGAACAGGCAGAGCUGGCAUUGGAGAUGACAGAACAGUCAAAGGCAGCCCCAGAAGAUGUAGCGACUGUAGAGCUGAAGGAGCAAUCACCUGUGGAAGAAGCUCCCGAUGGGGAUGAGGACAUCGCAACCGAAUCUCCACUGCAAAUACAAAUGCAGGCAGCUGCCUCCUACCAAGUGGCCGAAACCCUGGCCGAUCUGAAUGAGGAGGAACGUGCACGCUACGAUGCCAUGUUGGCCCACCAGCCCACGGCCAGUAAACUGAAUAUUGUGGAUCUUUAUCCACUGAAAAUCGAAGACUUUCAACCCAUUAUACAGAAUGAUAAUGAGGAACUCCUCAGGCAGCGUACCAUCUUCACACAACCCGAGAAUAAUGACGAGUACCGACAGAACCUAAUGCCCAAUGAGGUGGAGAUGGUAAUCAACAGAGGCGAAGAACCAGCACUGGAUAAACUGAGAGUCAAUCAGGCCAUUGGGGGUGCCACAACCACACCUCUAUCAAGCCAGGGAACCACAGCAGAUUUCACAGGGAAACUGCUGGCCGAUCAAGACGAUCUCAUCACCGAAAUUGAAAGCAAAUUUCAGCUACAAGAGACGACCACAACAGAACCGAAGGCAACCACAACCACAGUGCGACCAGCAGCUUCUCUUCUCAAUCCCGGCGACUCCUUCAUCGAUCGACGAGUGAAGAAAAGCUUCGAGUUUCCCAUGCAGCAUCGUGCCAGCGAUGUGAUGGCCAUGCCCCACAUAGACUUUGCCAACACAAAGUUCCAAACGGAUUCGUUAGACUCUGGCGAUGGCAAGGCUGCGGUGGGCUCAGCAUUGCACAUGGCCUCGCAUCCGGAGUUCUCCACCACAAAGUUUUACAACAGCAAGGAGCUGUACAACGAAAUGCUGCUGCAUAAUAAGCGCAAGUUAAUGAAGGAAACCAAGUCAACGACUACGGCCGCCUCGGGAGCAGCUGAGAGCCCGGUGGUAAAGUCAGUGAAGGAGGACACAACUCCGUUGGCAUUGAGCGUGACUCUGGUCGCAGACGGGCCAACUUUUUCACCAACAACAACAACAAUAUCUACUACAAUUCUGGCCACAACGCCAGCAGCAGCAGCUGACUCAACAACAACAAAAACAUCUACUGUGGGAAACUCUGGGAAAUAUCAGAAACAGCUUAAGCGUGCCAAAUUAUUGCUCAAGGCCCUGACACCGCCCAAACCAGACAAACUGGCAGUUGUCUCGUCACCCGUGAAAGUCGCAGCCACAGAGCCAUCUCCGCCAGCAUCUCUGCCACCAUCUUCAUCAACGACUACCAUGGCGACUCCGGCACCAAUGAUGGCCACGUCCAGGACGCGUCUACAGCGGCCAGUUAAUCCCGCUAAGGCGGCCUCAAAGCCAAUUGCCAGGCCGCGCAUUUUAAGUCGCCUGCAGGAGAAAAUCAAUUCCCUCGAAUGCGAGAUACAGAAUGUGCCGCAGGAUUCGCAUUUGUGGCGUGGCAAUGAAACCCACGAAUUGCUGCUGCCCAUUGUGACUACGGAGCACUGUAAGCCGGACGAGCACUGCAUACCAAAUGUCCUCACCUGGCGGGGCGAGUCGGAGAUCCAGUCCGGCGAUAUUCUAAUUGUGGAAAUCAAUGAUGCCAUGCUGAAUCCAUCACACCAGCCGAACAAUACCAGCAGCGCGGUACAUGCCACACAGGUCUAUCAGGUAACACGCUCCGGCCACGAGCAUUGCGAUGUAACCGAAGGCGUCCUCUUGGAUAUUACACCGCUGGUGGUCGAUGGCAGGAAACUGGUUACGUUGUAUGAUAAGGAUCUCACCGAGGGAGUUAACUUGCUAAUUGUGGUGUCCGAGCUGUGGGGUGCGCAAUGUGUUCGCCUGAAGGUGACCACGAAAACCGACAAUUGUGGCGAGAAUGCCGAUUGUUCGGGCAAGGGAGUGUGCUACUCGAACGCCGGCAUGGAGGAGUACGAGUGUCAGUGUUGCAGCGGUUUUGCGGGUCCGCAUUGCGAGGAGAUCGAUGCGUGUAACCCCAGUCCGUGUACCAACAAUGGCAUUUGUGUUGACCUGUCGCAGGGUCAUGAGGGUAACUCCUAUCAGUGCCUGUGUCCAUACGGAUAUGCGGGCAAGAACUGUCAAUACGAGUCGGAUCCCUGCAAUCCCGCCGAGUGCAUGAAUGGCGGCAGCUGUGUUGGCAAUUCGACGCAUUUUCGCUGCGAUUGUACGCCCGGCUUCACGGGUCCUCUGUGCCAGCACAGCCUGAACGAGUGCGAGUCGUCGCCCUGUGUGCACGGCAUCUGUGUGGAUCAGGAGGAUGGCUUCCGCUGCUUCUGUCAGCCAGGAUUCGCCGGGGAGCUGUGCAACUUCGAGUAUAAUGAAUGCGAAUCGAAUCCGUGUCAGAAUGGCGGUGAAUGCAUCGAUCACAUUGGCAGCUACGAGUGUCACUGCACGAAGGGCUACACUGGCAACCGUUGCCAAAUAAAGGUUGAUUUCUGCGCCAACAAGCCUUGCCCCGAAGGACAUCGCUGCAUGGAUCAUGGAAAUGAUUUCAGCUGCGAAUGCCCAGGAGGUCGCAACGGACCGGAUUGUAAUCAAAUGCCACGAACGUACUUCCAGCAAUGCCAAGUGAAUCCUUGUACCCAUGGCGGCACUUGUUGGUCCAGCGGUGAAAGUUUCUACUGCGCCUGUCGUCCUGGCUACACCGGAACCAUGUGCGAAGAUGAGUUUGUGGUCGAGACUGUCGUUAGCUCCAGUGAAUUUAUUGUCGACGAUGCGAACGCUAGAAAUUUUAAUGACAAAACUUUCGGUUCAUCGGUUGUGCUUAAGAGUCCCAUUGAAUUGCAUAAUGCAUAUUUUGCGGCCGGAGUUCUGGCAGCCGCCAUUUUCAUCGUUGCCGUUGUGGUCACCAUUUGUCACUGCAAGGUCAACCAGACGUAUCGCAAAUUCUCCACACGUUCCACCUCGUUUAUACCCAUUUUGGGUUUCAGUCGACGACCCAAAAUGCAGGGCAAACUCAAUAAACAUUGGCUGAGUGGCAAAGGUCUAAAUGGUCCUGGCCAGCCCGGCACCAGCAGCAGUAGCGGUGGCGGUGCAGCAGGACCAUCCGGCGGUGGAGCGCAGCGGGGAAGCCUGACUGGAGCGACGACGCACUCAAUGCGCCACUUGCCCAGCCACCCACAGACACAGACACAGACCACGCUGGGCUGUGGCGGUGGCGGUGGUGCCACUGGCGGUGCCAACAACUGUGCUGGUGGUGGACAGCUGCAGGAGCGACCUUUCCAGCGGCACCUGGCCAUGAACCUUGAGAACGACAUGUACUACACCGUGGAGAACUCGCAGCACUCGCCGUUGAUUCAGUGAGAAUUGGAUGGGAACGGUGAAUGGUUGGUAAAGUUUACGCCACGCACUGAUCGGAGCCACACGCAUUGAGGAGUGGUUAUUUGUGGGUGGGGCGGUGGGUGGGGCACGCCCUGGGUAGGAGUGUGUAAUUAACUUUGAUGCUACUCGUUGAAUAUUCCAAAUAUUGAACAGUAUUCGAUAAUAAUAAACUAAAUUAAAAUUAAA